AUGGACGUCAGCUCGCUGCGCCGCUCCUCCACGUCGAUGAGCGAGGCUGGCGAGGACGGCGCGUCCGUGGCGCCUCCGCUCGCCCCCGGCGGGGGCCCGGUGGUGCACUACGCGUGGGCCCGGCCCGGCGCGAAGGUGUGGCCGAGCUACCCGACGAGCCUCUCGGACGACGACGACGACGCCAACCUCCCAGAGCCGCAGCCCCUGCCCCCCAGGGAGCGAAAAAAGCGGGCCAAGGAGUGGGACAAGGCCUUCAAGAAGGCCCUCUACAAGGCCGGGGUGCGGUACGUCCACUCGGACCUCGAACCGGUCGCUCAGGACUCGAGGUUUCCCGAUGACCACUGCAAUCUUGCCUACAGGAUGAUCCACGAGGACCUCGCGGCGCGCGCGCUGGCGGGGGCCGUGGCCAACAACCGCUGCCUCGUGAGCAUCAACCUCGAGGGCAACAAGCUGUACCCGGCGGGCGCGCAGGCCCUGUGCGAGGCCCUGCGCGGCAACACGCGGCUGCGCAGGCUCAACCUCGCCCGCACCCACAUCGGGCCCGAGGGCGUCGCCGCCGUCGCGGCGCUGCUCGCCGAGGAGGACCCGGACAGCGGCCUCCCCGCGCUGCAGUCCCUCGGCCUCGCGGACAACAACGUCAACGGCGACGCCGCGCGCCUGCUGGCCGCCGCGCUGUGCCGCGGCGGCCGCGGCCUCCAGGGCCUCGACCUGAGCCGCAACAUGUCCCUGCACGACUCCGGCCUGGUCGACUUCGCCGAGGGCGCCGCCCCGGGCGACGCGCCCCCCCUCCUGCGACGCCUGCGCCUGGACUGGUGCGCGCGCGGCGAGGACGCGCUGCAGGCGGCCGCGAUGAUCCUCGCGAGCUUCCCCGAGCUCCGCGAGCUGUCGCUGCGCCACGUCACGGUCUGGGCCCCCGGACCGGACGGCAACGACAGCGAGUACGCCGCCCAGGCCGUCAGCAGGCUGGGACGCGCCGUGGCGCAGGCGCGCAACCUGCGCAUCCUGUGCCUGGCGGACACGGACCUGGGCCCCGCGGGCGCCGCGGCGCUGGAGCAGGGCGUGCGGGAGGGCGGCGGGCUGACCGCGCUGGUGUCGCUCGACGUCGGGGGCAACCCGCUGGGCGGGGCGGGGGUGCUCCGGGUCGCGGACCUGGUGCGGGCGAGCGGGACGCUGGAGCACGUGUGCCUGCGCGGGGUGCGGGCGCCCGCGGAGGCGCUGUGGGAGCUGAUGCGCGCGGGGGGGGUCCGCGACGCGGGGGGGGACGCGUGGACGUGGGUGCCGCGGCCGGUGCGCGGCGUGAUGCACCGGUUCAUGUACGACGACCAGCAAGACAGCGACUAG